CUGAGGACGACAGAAAAAAAUGUACAUGACGGUAAGGCGCAUGCCCAGUUCUGCUCCUUCGCCUCAGUCUCGCUUUCCUCCCUUCCAUUUUCUGUCCGUACUAGUGCGUCGCGUGCUGCUGCUAACACCUACGUCCGAGUUUUGUCUUGCUUCAGCGCUUGUCGAGUGAUUCCUGCGUCCGACCAUGUCCUUCUCUCAAAUUCGCCAGAACUACCACGAUGAAGCAGAAGCUGGCAUCAACAAACAGAUUAAUUUGGAAAUGUAUGCCAGCUAUGUCUACCUUUCCAUGGCAGCCUAUUUCGAAAGAGAUGAUGUAGCUCUGAAGGGGUUUGCCAAGUUCUUCAAGGAGUCCUCUCAUGAAGAAAGGGAACAUGCAGAGAAGCUGAUUCACUAUCAGAACAAGCGUGGAGGGCGAGUUGUUCUCAACCCAAUUGACAAGCCCAGCAAGGACGAAUGGGGAACUGGACUGGAUGCCAUGACCGCUGCCCUUGAACUGGAAAAGACUGUGAAUCAGGCAUUAUUGGACUUGCAUAGUUUGGCUUCAAAGCAUGGAGAUGCUCAGAUGACUGACUUCCUUGAAGAUCACUACUUGAAGGAGCAAGUGGAGUCCAUCAAGGAGAUUGGAGAUCUUGUGACCAAUCUGAAGCGUGUUGGUCCUGGUCUGGGUGAAUUUGAGUUUGAUAAGCGCCUGGAACAUGAAAGCUCUUAAAUCUCCACUUUUUCAAAGCCUUUCUCAGUCUUUUUGAAUCUCUUUUUCCGUUUCAUUUUGUGCAGAUUUUGGUGUUCAGGGUUCAUUCUUACCUCUCCUGUGUCUCAGUUUGUGGCUAUUGUCUGUUCUCAGUAUACAAAGACAUUUGCUUUCUGCUGCUGCAAGCUUUCAUGAUUCUUGAAGCUUAGCUUCCUCUCAGUCAAAAGGGGUCGUAUUUGUGUUAAACUCAGUUUCUUACCUUUUGCCCUUUUGUUGUGGUUCUGGAUUGGGUGUGAACAAAACUUCUGGUGCUUGUGGAUUCUAGUUCUGAAUGCAACCGGUAUCAUGUACACUUGUUCAAUGACAACCCCUCAGUAUUGCAGUGUAAAUUCAGGCAUUCAUGUUGCAUCAUGUUCCAAUGUAGUACUACAAGUGUGUGGUGGUAUGCAUGCUUGUGUGAGUUUCUAUAAGGAGCUGGGAUUUAUGGUACUGAAAGGAAAAUGAAUCCUGUCAUGUGAUCUGUCCCUCCAGUACCCUGGGCUUCAUUCCUCUGUGCUGGUUUUUGCAAUUGCCCAGGUUUGCUCUCUAUUUCAAUCAGUUUAUUACACGUACAUUCAAGCCAAGUUCAUUGUGGCAUUUGCUUUAUCUCCUGAGCCAUGGAGCCAGGGCCACUGCAAUUGUGGGAUCAAGGCUUUUAUCUUCUUUUGGUGCAUACUAGAGAAAUCUGCAUUAUCUGUUCUUGGAGGUCUGCAUUGAUCUGAGUUCUCAAAAAUCUUUUUCUGUUUCUCAUGUAGCGAAAGUUUCUUGUUGCAAAUAAAAUUUUAGACAUGCAUA